AUGGAAUUGAAGAGCAAAUAUUUUGAAGUAUACACGAAGAAUUCAAAGGGAAAGCUGAUCCUUACCAGCACAUGGUCACCCAAUUGUUUUCCAAAGGCCCUUGUUUUCCUUUGUCAUGGUUAUGGCAUGGAAUAUGGUAAAUCCACGAAAGCAUGUGGAGAGAAGUUCGCAAAUGCAGGAUAUGCUGCGUUUGGGGUAAACCAUGAAGGACAUGGACGUUCUGCAGGUGUCCAUUGUCUCACAAAAAAGUUUGACGAUGUUGUUAAUGACUGUGAAGACUUUUUCAAGUCAGUUUGUGAGUUUCCAGAGUAUAAGGGAAUGGCCAAGUUCUUGUAUGGAGAGUCAACGGGAGGGGCUGUGUGUCUACUAUUGCAUAAAAAAUGCCCUUCAUUUUGGGAUGGUGCAAUUUUUGUUGCACCCGUGUGUAAGAUAUCAGAGAAGCUAAGGCCGCAUCCCAAGGUUGUCAACAUUUUGACAAAAGUGGAUGAUAUUAUCCCCAUAUUGAAAAUAUUUCCCACAAAAGAUGUCACAGACUCUGCCUUAAAAAACCAUGCCAAAAGAGAUACGAUAAGAAAUAACAAAUUGAAAUUACAUGAGGACAAGCCUAAGUUAAAAACAAUGGAAAUGUCGAGAACCAGUGUGAACCUCAAAGAUAAAUUACAUGAGGUGAAACUUCCAUUCUUAGUAUUACAAGGAGAGAGAGGAGUAGCAGAUCCGAAAAUAAGCAAAGCAUUGUAUGAGCAAGCCAGUAGCACAGACAAGACCAUAAAAUUGUAUAAAGGAAUGUGUUAUGAUGUAACAUCAGGAGAAACUGAAGAAAACAUCACACUUGUAUUUUCAGACAUUAUGGCUUGGUUAGACAAGCGCACUAGCAAAACAAGUUUUGAGUCCUCUUAA